CUGUUGGCUUAGGUACGCUGUCAAGACUGCCGAACGCUUCUUUGCUCUAAAAAGUUACUGGUGGUGGGGAGAAACUUGAUCUUAACGACUGUUAUAAUCGUCCCUUAUUUGUUCGGAGGGAACGUCGUUCUGUCUAGGGAUAGAGUAACUUGGAUUCAAAUAUUUGCGGUUGCAAUGCAGGUGCUGAGCCAAUGGCAUUAGGAUCCCCUUCUUCACCAAAACCAGGUGCUGGUGCUCAAUUUCUGCCUGGAUUUCUGAUGGGUGAUUUGCCGACUCCAGUGACCCCGCAGCCUCGCUCUUUAAGUGGUCCUUCAGUUGGUGUAAUGGAAAUGAGGUCACCAAUGCUUGCUGGUGGAUCUCCUCCACAACCAGUAGUGCCAACACACAAAGAUAAAGGUGGUGCUCCUCCAGUAAGAAGUAUCUAUGAUGAAGUAGCUAGCCCAGGUCUUGGAUCAACACCUUUGACUUCACGAAGGCCUGCCACUUUUUCUGUAAUACAGAGUCCAAAUGUUGGGUCUCUGCCAAUAACUCCUGGAACAGGGGCAAGUGUGUUUAGUCCAGCAAGUCUUGCACAACCUAGAAAAACUACCAUGUCACCAGCUCAGCUAGAUCCAUUCUAUACUCAAGGAGAUACUUUGACAUCAGAAGAUCAACUUGAUGACACCUGGGUAACAGUGUUUGGAUUUCCACAAGCAUCUGCUUCAUACAUCCUGCUACAGUUUGCACAGUAUGGAAACAUACUAAAGCAUGUGAUGUCUAAUACGGGAAAUUGGAUGCAUAUUCGAUAUCAGUCAAAGUUACAGGCUCGGAAAGCCUUGAGCAAAGAUGGAAGAAUAUUUGGAGAAUCUAUCAUGAUUGGAGUUAAACCUUGUAUUGAUAAAAAUGUGAUGGAAAAUCUAGAUAGAGGCACUGCAUCAUCCCCAGCUUCAGUCUUCACACCUCCAAUGAAACCAUUUGCUGCCCAAGCACAGCCUUCAAGCACACAAAGGAUUUCUACCAUGAGACCUCUAGCUACUGCAUAUAAAGCAUCAAGUAGUGAUUACCAGGUAAUUUCUGACAGACAGACUCCAAGGAAAGAUGAAAGCAUUGUGUCCAAAGCUCUGGAAUACAUGUUUGGUUGGUAGCUGAG